AUGGGCAAGAGACGGAACUGCUUCGUCACUCGACUUGUGUGUUUGGGAUUGUCGUCUUGCUGCGGUCGCCGGCGUCGACCGAAGUGCCUUCUGGCGAUGCGGGGGGAGGUGAUCUUGGAGGAUUUGAACGUAGGGAGGGUCAUCUGUGAUUCUCGCGAACGAAUGAUAGCCGAGCAGGUGGAUGACGCUGAAGCUGCCCCAAACCAUGAUUUUCUGUCUGUUCUUCGGGAUUCGCUCGACCUCGCCUCUUGGUUUCUUUCACCAUCGACGAAUCGUGUGUCUGAAGAGUCGGUAGGAGGUCUCGUCGGUGAAUGUCGUUCGGCUCCAGUCGUCGUUCUCGUGUCGAAUUGCUCACUGGACGCGCGCAUCUUUGUGCUUCUGUGUCAACGUUGGCGUCGCGUGGGGCAAAGCACUCUUGGAGCCCAUCCGUUUGAGUUGGCGUUGUACCGUCCGUCGGGACACGUGCCGACUUCAGUCCCGAAGCAACGUUUGCGUCAGUUCUUUCGUCUCGUGGUUUUGUCGAAUCCACUGGCCGAGUACCUUGUCGGCGGCGGCGGUGAUCGUGCAGGGUCGGCCACUACGGCGUCUGUUCUCCACCGCGCCGUGUUCUUUGAUCUUGGCAAUAUUGCCCUCGACAGUUCGAAUGGGGAUCUUCGUCAGACGAACAGUCGUGGCAAGAGGUCGAUGGCCGUUGUUCCAGAACCCCUCCCAUUGCCCGUGUCAGAUGCCUCGGUUCCAAGGGACAAGUGUCAUCGCUACUGUCUCACUUCCCUGCAACAUCCCAAACAGCGUUGCAUCGGAUUUGCCAGGCGGAGAGUUGGGCGUGGCGGAAGGGUCCAUCUGGAUCGGGCCUAUACCUCCCUGGAUGAGUAUUGGGCUGAUCUGGGUUUCUCCAUAUGUGAUAAUUCCAAGAACGGGUUCAUCUCUAAUGAGUUCCUCCAGGAAAUUCGCAAUGAGUGGUUGCAUUUCAAGCCAGAGAAACAAAGUGCAUCUCGCUCCCCGAGUCCUGGAGGUGAUUCCCUCGAACCAAACUUUGUGAUCCCCUGUGAUGUAACCUGCACCGACUCAGACCUCUUCACCGAGCCGCUUCACAUGGACCUGACGGUCCUCCCGCUUUCGCUUUCGUGUGGGCCAGUGUUGUGCGAUGCAGAUGAUGGGGCAGACCAAGACAAGGAGAAGGCAGAGGGGGAGGAGGAGAGAAAGGGAUCUGGUGGAUUGAGGGAUGGAGGGAAGCUUCCUGAAGUGGAGAGGCAGCCAACACUGAACGGGCCCGCUACGGUGGACAUGACAGAAUCGUCAUCAUAUUCCAUUCCAGUGGUGACCCCACAACUGCCCGACGUGAUCUUGUCUCAUUCUGUGCCGUCUUCCAAGCCCCUGGCCAGCAUCACUGCACGACUACCUGACUGCAAACCUCUUGCUUUCAUUCCAUCUGACCAAAAACUUGUGAAAAGGACAUGGAUUUCUUGGGCUGGGGCGAGGGUAGUCUGAUGGCUGUUCCUUGCAUUUCCCUAUUUCUGUGGCCUUUGUAUUUUCCAUGCUGAACAACCUCUUUUUGCAGUACUGUGAUGCAUGCCUUUGAAGUUCCCACCAAACUUCAUGCCUCCUCAACUUCAGCAUGAUAUUUCAUGAUAUUUUCCUUCAUUUGCUCCUGCAGCUUCGUUUAACCCUAAAUUCCAUGAUGCCCCCUUUCUUUUUCCUUUUUCAUAAUUUUGUCUGAUGCCUCCUUUCUCCAC